UGCACUUUCAACUACUCCGCAUCAUGUCAGCACAAGCCGCAAGUAAGAUCGCCUCGCAAGCCAGCAAGGCUGCCUUCAAGGCCGACGGCCACCUCUUGAACAAGGGGGCAAAGAGAGAUCCGGAACUCUACAUCCUCAUGGGAAUCAUGUCCGGAGCCUUUGGUCUGGCCGGAUACUAUCUCGGCUCAAAGCCCACCUCCGCAACAUCUGAGACCAAGGUCAAUGUUGCCGCUGGCGGCAUGCCAUGGCAGGGCGAGGGCUCUAAGGCCAACGCCGGGGAGGACUUCAGUAAAUACAAGUAUCACCCCCAGGGUGAUUCCAAGAACCCACCUAGGGAGGCUCCAAGCGCACUUCACAGCGUGAUUAUACCUAACGUCAACUUACCCAAGGAGUUGCACGAGAAAUACAACAAGUGGGGCAAGGAGGGAUACUAGGUUAGGAAGGAGAAUAGUGAUACCGGGAGUAUAGAAGGGGAAGAAGCGAUUGUACUUUGUGUAUAUGAUAGACGGGGGAUACUUCC